UUCAAUCAAAAUGAAGUUCGGUUCAGCGAUGUCAAUUUUAAGAUGGGUUUGUUUUGAUUUUGUUUCGCAAAUUUGAGAUCACUGAACCGAACUUCAUUUUGCUUGGUGACUUUGCUGGAUAUUUCAAAAGUGACAGUUCUGGGACUUAGCGUUUUUAAAGUUGGUGUUCUGCAUCAUUAUGGCGCACCGAGUUGAUUAACAUCGGAAGCCGACAAGCAACAAAAGUUGUUUUUACGGGGCGUUGCCAUUCAAUAGUAAAAUCAACAAAUACUUCCGGAAUUUUUCGCAGUUUUACCAUCAUUUUAUCUUUUUUAUUUCUCCGUAUUUAGCUCUUGAUACCCGUCGAUGGCCCCCCUGGAAGACGAUCGUCCCGCCGGAACCAUCACCCAUCGAAAUGUCCGCCGGUAAAAGGACCGCCGGAAACAAUUGAAUGCGACCGCUGACGGCAUCGCCGGUGAAGGCUAACAGGAAAGGAAGGAAGGAUUACUUGCUCCUUCGAUAAUCCCGGCCGCGGUCAAGCUUGUAGAACCGAUCGAGGUCCCGUUCAGGGUAUCGCUGGCCGCCCUUGGAACGAUAAAUUAUUUUGCGGAAAACAUGAACGAUGAGGAUCAUCAACCCGCUAGUUCACGUUCCGGAUGACCAUUCCGGUCAGGUGCAAUCUGCCGCCCUGCAAAUUCUCUGUUCGAUUAUGGUCUUCGCAACUUGGCGCAGCCGGGAAAGGGGUUUAACGACGGACAAAAUUUGCUAUUGCUUGACUCGACCACGAGUAUCUGCCGUGGUUCCGGAGAUGGGACAGCCGAGAUGCGUAACAGUUGCUCGAAGCCCCGCUCCGGAAAAAUAUUUAGAAAACUUAAAGGUUAGGACCUGAGGUUGGCGGCUGCCAAUCCGUUUGACCGGUAGCAUCGACCUGCUCCUCGAGCGUGGGGCCAUCUGGGCCGACUUUACGCUGGACUUUAUGGACCAGCGUCGGGAUCUGCUGCUGGUUCCGGAACAAGGCAAGUGUGACGCCGACGCGGCCCGCUUUCGAAACACUGGCAACCGGCUCUAUCUGGACGGGAAGUAUGGGGAAGCUUUGGUAUGGUGCUUCGCGGAGAAGGAGUCGGACUAGAUGGCCACGGGAUACGGGAAUCGGUCGGCGGUUCGAGCAGGGCGAGUACGAGUUUGCUCUGUACAACAUCGAUCUGGCCAAGAAGCAUGAUUAUCCAGAAAAGUUGAUGCCGAACUGCGGGUCAGGGAGUUGAACUGCAAGCAGCAGAUUGCCGCUGGCCCUUCGAAGGGCACGGUUCCAAGUCCGCGGAUGGACAUUAAUGUGGACACUAACCCGAAGAUUCCCUUCCUGGACAAGGGAAAAAAGGUUGAUCACCGGCGAAUCCUGGUAGCCGAAAAGGACAUUAAUCCGGGGGACGUAAUUAUGGAUGCGGAACCGCUGCUGACGGCGAUUGACUUCAACUUGUGCUACGAAAACUGCAGCCACUGCGGAGUCAAGUUCAGCAACAGCUUGAUUCCUUGCCCGGACUGCGUCUUCUUCAUGUUCUGUGGAGAGGAGUGUCGGCAGAAGAGCUGGAAGCUGUGGCAUCAAUUCGAAUGUCCGGUGGCCGCUGGAACGUAAUCGUUAUUUUAAUCAUCCGAACCGAUAGCCCGCGCAACCUUGCCACCGAACUCUCCAACGAUGUCGACAAGUGUCACAAGCUAGUCCUCGUCCACCCGUAGUCAAUUCUGUUAAAUUCCGCCAAACCAGAUGUCCCGGGUGGCAAUCCUCCGAUAGGUGGAAACGUUGCUCCUAAUGCUGAAAAUUAUAAUUUAACACAAUUAAAAUUCAAAUAAAAUCACCAAAAAAA